AACAAUGGCAACUAAGUUGUUUCUCCUGUUGAUAUUACUCUCUCAUGUAGCAUCUUCUCUCUCAGAAGAAUGCCACCCACAAGACAAAAGAACCCUACUCCAAAUCAAGAAAGAACUCAACAACCCAACUCUUCUCUCUUCAUGGAAACCACACACUAACUGUUGUGACUCAAGUUGGUACGGUGUUAUUUGCGCGCCAUCUAAUAACCGUGUUUACUCUUUACUUAUCGAAAUGAACGAAGAUCUUGCUUCUCCAUUUCCACCAUCUAUUGGUAACCUACCUUACUUGGAGAGCCUACUUCUAUACCAGUUACCAAACCUCACUGGCUCAAUCCCUCGGUCCAUUACCAAACUCACCGAUCUCAAAUCCCUCACGAUCAAGAAAACCGGUAUAUCAGGUCCAAUACCUAACUUCAUGGCCAAAUUAAAAAGUCUCACUUUCUUGGAUCUCUCAGAGAAUCACCUCUCCGGGACACUCCCUUUUAACCUAUUCCACUUGCCUAAUAUUGAAGCGGUACUCCUUCAAAACAACAAGUUAACAGGUUCAAUCCCUCCUUCCAUGGCAAGGUUGAACUCCUUGGUUGUCGACUUGUCUCAUAACAGAUUUGAAGGUGAUGCCUCCGUGUUUUUUGGUUUUGCGAAAAAGACAGAGACAAUAGACCUUUCUUGGAACAUGUUGGCGUUUGAUAUGGGAAAACUAGAGUUUCCCGAGUCCUUGAAACAUUUGGAUGUGAGUCAAAAUCGGAUUUAUGGGAAACUUCCUGAUGGUGUGAAGAAUUUGGAGUGGUUGAAUGUGAGUUACAAUAGACUCUGUGGUGAGAUUCCAACGGGCGGUAUUAUGCAGGCCUUGGAUAGGAAUUCGUUCUCUCAUAACAAGUGCUUGUGUGGAUCUCCUCUUCCAAGCUGCAAGUAACACAUGUAAAAUGGAGUAAUCUCUGAUGCAUCUUUCUAGGGAAAUAAACUUAUAUUGCAUUUCAUUAAUAAUCAACAGAAUAAGGAAAGAAUGAUAUGGAUGACUUAGCUAAGUU